AUGUCGUCCAUUCAAGUUCAAGCCCAGAAUCAUAUCUCCGCCAUUGAUAAAGAAUUGUCCAAAUAUGAGACUUUGAACAACCUCGAGAGGCAGACUGGCUUCCCCAAAGUCUACGGAUUUCUCGGCCUUAUCGCAUUCUACUUCUUCUUCAUCUUCUUCAACAUCGGUGGUCAACUCUUGACUAACCUUGCUGGAUUUGUGAUUCCUGGUUACUAUUCCCUCGAAGCGCUCUUCAGCGUUGGGAAGAGCGACGAUACUCAGUGGCUUACAUACUGGGUUGUCUUUGCAUUCUUCACCGUCUUUGAAAGCGCCGUCAACGCCGUCUACUGGUUCCCAUUUUACUUCACAUUCAAGUUCAUCCUCGUUCUUUGGCUUGCUCUUCCUCAAACCGGUGGCGCCCAAAUUGUCUUCCGCUCGUUCAUCCAGCCAGUUUUCGCUCGCUACUUCUCUGGACCAGGUGCGAGCGCAGCCAACCUCCGCUCCAAGGUUGACGAGAAGACCUUGUAA